ACCACACAAGGAUUCAUACUGGAGAGACGCCUUAAGGCCCCAGCACACAUACUCAACUCAACUCAGUUUUAUUUAUAUAGCACAUUGAGAAACAACAGAGUUGACCAAAGUGCUUCACAAUUUAGAAAUUUAAAAAUAGUAAAUUAACAAACACCAUCAACACACAUACACAGUACAUUUUAAAGUGUUGUAAACUCUAAUAAAAAGCUGCAUAUACAAGAUGAGAUCAAUGUCAGAGCAGGUAUCUCCAAUACUCAGAAUUCCCCCAAUUCAAAUGCCAGUGUAAAAAGAUGUGUUUUCAGCUGAGACUUAAAAAUCUGUAUAGACGAACAAAUAUAAAGGGGAAGAUUAUUCCAUAAUUUAGGAGCAGCUACAGAGAAUGCUUGAUGACCCUUUGACUUUUGCUUGGACUGAGGGUCAGCCUGCAACAUUUGGUUUGUAGAUCUCAGUGGCCUAGAGGAAGUAUAAAGGCUUAGGAGAUCUGCAAUGUAAUGUGAAGACAAAUUGUGUAGUGCUUUAAAAACAAAUAAUACAAUCUUAAACUCAAUCCUGUACAGAACCGGCAGCCAGUGAAGAGAUAAUAACACAGGGGUAAUACACUCCCAUUUUUUAAUGCCGGUCAGUAGCCUGGCUGCAGCAUUGUGUAUAAGCUGCAGGCGGGACAUUUGCCGCUGACAGAGUCCUGCGUAAAGAGAGUUACAAUAGUCCAGCCUAGAAGUAAUAAAAGCAUGAACUACUAUCUCAAAAUCUUUGAAACUAAGUACAGGUUUUAGCCUAGAAAUCAUUCUAAGCUGAUAAAAUCUGCCUUGUACAACAUAAUUUAUUUUUUUUUAUCAAAGCUAAGGGUUGAAUCAGUUAUAACACCUAGAUUUCUUGGACUGUUUUUCACAGUUAUCACUAAGGGAGCAAGAGUACUGGUUAUCUUCUCUGUAUAGUUUGGUGGACCAAAUAUAAUAAACUCUGACUUUCAUUAAAUUGUAGAAAAUUAGAUAACCAACUUUUAAUAUUAUCCAAACAGUCCAUAAGGGACUUCAGAGACUGAUUAUUCCCAAAUUUCAAAGGUAGAUAUCACUGUGUGUCAUCCGCAUACAUGUGAUAAGAAAUGGCAUGAUGGCGGUAAAUAGACCCUAGAGGGCGCAUAUAUAAUGAAAACAGAAUAGGACCCAAAAUAGAACCUUGAGGGAGGCCAUAUUUUAAGGUAACCAAAGAGGAGGAAUAGUUUCUAAUGUUCAAAGGAGAAUGUUCUAUCAUGCAGAUAAGAAACAAACCAUUUUAUUGUGGUCCCUCGAAUGCCGACAUCACACUCCAAACGGUCUAAAAGAAUUGAGUGAUCAACAGUGUUGAAUGCUGUGCUGAGAUCUAACAUGAUUAAAAUUACAGACAGCCCAGAGUCAACAGCUACUAACAAAUAAUUUACAACUUUUAACAGAGCUGUCUCUGUGCUGUGACCGACUCUAAAUCCUAAUUGAAAUUUAUCCAGGAUAUCAUUCUCUAAUAAAAAAGGGGUAAUUUGAGAUAAAACAACCUUCUCUAAAAUUUUAGAUUGGGCAAAAAUGAUAAAAAUAAAAAAAUAAAAAACACUGUAGGGUCAAGACCAUUUUUUUAUUUAUUAUUAAAGGAUGAACCACUGCAUGUUUAAGACAGGGCAGGAUGAUACCAUUAGUUAAGGAGCCAUUUACAAUGGAUUGUAUACUAGGAUCUAUGGUGACAAACAGGUCUUUAAAAAGUUGAGGAGGAAUAGGAUCUAAAGGAGUGGACGUCAGUUUCAUAUGAUUGACCAUGUCCUUUCAGAUUGGAAUAGAGACAGGUUCAAAACAGACGAAUAAACAAGAACUUGGAAUGGGAAUCACCAAUCCAAUACUAGAAGGUGUAAUAUGUGGUCUAAGAUCAAUCAUGUUCACAGAAAAGUUUAAAAAUUCUUCACAAACAUUUGGGUGAGGUAGCCGGGAUUAGAACCUUGUUUAUGAUACUAAAAAAAAAAUUAUUAAUGAAUUUUUAUUAAUGAAAUCUGAGAAAUAUUUUGUCCUUGCAGCUUUGACCACAUGCUGGUAUUUACUGAGAGAAUCUCUUAACAUUUCAUAGGAGAUCUGUAACUUGUCUCUCUUCCACCUGCAUUCUGCUUUCCUACAGACAUGCCUAAGAGCACACAUCUCAUUGUUAAACCAUGGCUGAGGUUGAGAUUUGGGACGUUUUAGUCUGAGAGGAGAAACAUAAUUCAUAAUGUCCAGACAUACAGAAUUAAAAAGGACAGUCAGCUCCUCUGUGCCUAGGGAGGGUUUAAGGGCCUCAAUAAUAGUGAAAAAUGGUUAUGCUACAUAAGCCUUCACCAAAAAGAUUUGCUGUAGACUCAUCAACAGGUCAAAAAUGACAAUCAGCAAGUCCACUUUUAGAUGUAAGAGCAGGAAGUUUAACAUUGAAAAAGACAAGUUUAUGGUCAGAUAGAUAAUUGUCCUCUGUAAACACAUUACAAAUGGAUUAACCCAAGGAUAAAAUCAGGUCAAAAGUGUGACCAUGCGUAUGUGUAGCAUCACAGACUGACUGUAUUAAAUUAAAAGAAUCAAUAAGUUUAGAGAACUGUCUUACCAGUGGUUUAGAUGGACAAUAAACCCACUAGGGUUUGGGACAGUGGUGAUAGUACAAUUUACCUUAUUUUGGUGUCUGAUGAAAAGAGAGGACUGAUAGAAUAUGGUGUCAGUGAUCAUUAUAUUAUAUUCUGUACAAGGAAAUGUUUUAAACAAAAAUGUAGUAGUCAUAAAACAGUAAGGAGUAGACUGCUUACAAAUAUUCAAAGAUCACCUAAAUAAAGUUAAAUGGGAAAAUAUACAAAACACCUAAUCAGUUGAUGAUGCUUGGGUAAAUUUUAAAUAUUUAUUUCUUUAUGUAGUAAACAAAGUUGCCCUGCACCAACAGGUGAGAGUUAAGCAAAGAUCCAGUCCUUGGAUGAAUCAGAAGAUAAUAGAAAUAAUAAAAAGUAGAAGUAAGGCCUUAUCCAUUUAUAGGAGAACUAAGAAUUUAGCAGAUUAUGAUAAAUUUAAAGCACUUAGAAAUUGAGUACUUUAAAGUAUAAGGGAAGCAAAGAGUAUCUUUAUCGCUGAACAGUUAAAAGUGAACAAGGGGGAUCCAAAAUCAGUGUGGUGGGUGCUGAAUAAGCUCAAACUUGAUGGUAAAUCGAAACCUGGUUCAUCAAAAAUGGGCUUAGAUUUUGAUGGAGAGAUAGAAUUUGUAAGUAAAAGUAAAGUUGCAAACAAAUUAAACUUAUUUUUCUCAUCUAUUGCUAAUAGCUUAGUAGAAAGUUUGCCUCCAAGUAAAGCAAGUUAUGGGAUUGAUUUUGUUAAGAUACCAGAUUCUUUCUCUUUCAUUAAAGUUACAGUAGAAGAGAUUCAUAUAAUGUUAAAAUAAUUACAAGUGUCUAAAGCAACUGGUCCAGAUUGUUUUCCAGUUAGGUUUUUAAGAGAUGUUGCAGAUAUCAUUGCACCAACUAUUACAUGUAUUGUUAAUCUAUCACUUGAAACGGUAGAGUACCAUCUGAUAUGAAGAUAGCAAAAAUUAUUCCAAUAUAUAAGAAAGGGAAUAGAUAUGAUCCUGGGGAUUACCAUGCGGUCUCCAUCCUUAGUGUGGCUUCAAAUAUUUUAGAAAAGGUUGUGCAUAAACAGAUGUAUGAAUUUGUAUGCAAAAAUAGAUUGAUUUAUGAUUUGCAGUCAAGUUUUAGGAAGUCUUAUUCCACAGAUACUUGUUUACUAUAGUUAACAGAUCAUAUAAGGAAACUGAUGAUGGAAAAUUGUGUGGUAUGUUUCUUUUGGACCUUUAAAAAGCCUUUGAUACAGUAAAUCACUCAAUACUUUUACAUAAAUUAAGUGUGAUGGGUUUUUUGAAUACAGUGAUUGCAUGGUUGUCUUCUUAUCUCACUGGGAGGGCUCAAAGGGUAGAAGUUGGAGGGAUCCUUUCAGAGAUGACAUUUGUAAAUAAUGGAGUUCCCCAGGGAAGUGUACUCGGUCCUCUUUUGUUUUUGUUAUAUAUAAAUUAUAUGCAAGCUGCUUGUGAUUGUAACUUGUUUUUAUAUGCUGAUGAUUCUGCACUAUUGGUUUCAGGUAAGGAUGCUUGUAAAAUACAGGAGAAAUUAGAAAACACAAGAAGAAAUGAUGGAUAGGGGGCGGUUUUGGACUCAGCUACAGUUUGAGCGCUCAGUUCGAUGAACGUGGCACCUUCAGGCAUUUGGAAAUUGCUCUCAAGAAAUGAACCAGACUUGUGGAGGUCCACAAUAUUUUUUUCUGAGGUCUUGGCUGAUUUCUUUUGAUUUUCCCAUGAUGUCAAGCAAAGAGUCACUAAGUUUGAAGAUGGAUGUGAUCCACGCUGGAGAACAGCAGCUGCUGCAGAUACCAGUGAAGAUGUGUUCAGUGAAGCUGCUGGACUGCAGGAAUCUGAAGACGAGAGGAGAAAUCAAAGUAGAGGAACAACAGAGUGAUGAAGAUGAUGAUGAUUUUAUUCCUCCUUCAGAGCUGAUGGAAGUGAAAGAGGAAAAUCACGAACGGAAUGAAGUGGAGAAGAAACUUAAGUUUCAGAAACAUCAUGAUUUCACAACUGGAGAGAAAUCUUUGAAUUACUCAAAGACUAAGAAGAAUUUCUCACCAGAAAAGCAUAAAAGAAAAGCAGCCAAAAAUUCAUUAACUUGCUCUCAGUGUGGAAAGAGUUUGACUACUAAACAAGGUCUUAAUAAACACAUGAGAAUUCACACAGGAGAGAGACCUUACACGUGUCAUCAUUGUGGGAAAAGUUUCGCAUCUGCAUCCGUUUUCAAGAAUCAUCUUCGUUGUCACUCUGGAGAAAGACCAUUUGAAUGUGAUAAAUGUGAUAAAACAUUUGCUUUGAAUUCAGUCCUAAAACAACAUCUGACAACUCACACGAAAGAGAAGCCUUACAAGUGUUCUUUUUGUGGAAAGAGUUUUGCACGCCUUUCCUAUUUUAAAGAACAUCAGAAAAUACAUACCGGUGUGGGGGCUCAUAUGUGCUUUGAAUGUGGGAAGACCUUUACUGCAACCGGACACUUGAAACAGCACCAAAGAAUUCAUACUGGAGAGAAACCGUACAAGUGCUCACUCUGUGGAAAGAGUUUCACUCAGUCACAACACCUGAAAAAACACAAGAGAGUCCAUACUGGAGAGAAACCAUACCACUGCUCUUCAAGUUUUAGAGCAGCAUGUAAUCACAGUGAGCAAAAAUAAUCUUCAGGUCCAACAAGAUCAAGUAAAUAGUUGGAAAUUCGGAUAAACCCAAAGACCCUGAUAGCAUGUUCAUCAUUUAGACAUCUAUUUGAUGUGUUUUCAUCUGGAAGAUGUAUUUUUAGCUAGUUUGUUCAUCUGCAAUACGUCUAUAAGAUGUUUCCUCUUGGAUGUCAAUAAGACAUUCAGUAAAUGUCUUUGAGACGUUUAUGAUUUAGAUUGUUUGUAAAUCUGUUCUUUUUAAGAUGUUUAGCAUAUGUUCAUUAGAUUGUGAUGCUUUCCAGAUGAAAAGAUCUAAAACAGACAUCUCAGAGAUGUACAUCUGCUAUGUUGGGAUGGAUUUUCUCCCAAUAGAGCAGCUUCAUCUAAGAGAAUAACAAAGGACUUUUAAGGAAGUUCUUUGUAUAAUUGAGAACUUGUUUUAGCGUGUAUAUUUACAGCACUGUGCAAAAGUUUUAGACAUUUCUGAAAAAAGCUGUAGAGUAAACAUGGUUGUCCCCCUUGAUCGUUUAUACCCAUGCCGCCCCCUGACCUAGUGUGCCACAAACAGACAGCACACUGGAGGUUUAGUCACUCACUAAAUAGGGAGCAAGUGCACAUCCUAUAGCUCUCUAUGCAGCAUUCAAUCAAUCCUUCCUAUUUAAAGUUCAGUUUCAGGCUGCAGAUGAUGUUUGGAUCACUCAACAUGUUUGACAGACAUGUGACAAUGAUAAUCAGUACAUAGAUUCAGAAUUUAUAAUGUAUCAUUUUAUUUUAACAUGGUUGGCAGUGAUUGGAUGAUGCUGGACAUUUCUUUGAAUUAGAAUUAAUUAUGCUAAUUUCUGAUGUAAUGUCUGUAACAUCGCAAAAACAUGAAUAACCAACACUCCUGGAAACAUCAUAAACAAUUUGAUUAAAAAAAAAAGAAAGAAAAAAGGAUUUCUAUAGCUUGGUAUCAUUUUAAAUUUCACAACGUAGUCCCGCUGUCCACAUAUGAGGACAUACAUUUUUAGCAAAACUAUUUGGGCUUAUAUAUAUAUAUAUAUAUAUAUUGUUCUUCCUCUCCAUGUUGCUCUUGGUCUUUAUCAACACCCAAUUGAAGCCUAGUAGCAGCAAGUGAAGAUUUUACACUACACUGCUUUUCCUGCAGUGCAAGGGUGAGCAAGUUUGAAUUUCCAACAGAAUUUGAAACACUGAGGUGAAAUGUCAUAAUGAAGAUUUGGAACUGAACUUUGAAAGGUGAAUAUAUAUAUAUAUAUUUAUUAUUGAAUUUUUUUAUUAAGUUUUGUGAAAAAUGUAUCCAAUUGAAUAUUCAUAGCAUAAAUAUACAACCAAAAAUUCAAGCACUGUUAAUGCUAUGUAUUUUUUUCUUGAUCUAUUACAA